AUGUCUGACACAUCAUACGUAUGUACCUUGAGUGAAAAACUCCAACAGAAAGCUAAGGACGAAUUGAACGAAGAUACGGCUACACGAGAUGAAGCUAUUGUCGCUUUACGGAACAAAUUCACGGACCGAUCUGAUAUAAAAUUCCGUUCCGAUUCCGCGUUUUUGUUGCGCUUUCUACGAGCAAAGAAGUUCGACGUCGACCGUGCGUUCAAGACCAUGGUGAAAUAUUACGAAGUCAGAAGGGACUAUAGGGAUAUUUUCGAUAAUUUCUUGCCGUCAUCGGCAAUGCCGGUGUGGAACGAUGGAGUGUCCCAUGUCCUACCAGAUAAGGACAAAGAAGGACGUAGAGUAUUGCUAUAUAGAGUAGGGAAGUGGGAUCCCAAUAAAUACCCUGGUUUCGAUUGUAUACGUGCAAUACUGAUGUGCAUGGAAAAACUACUAGAAGACGAAGAAGUUCAAAUCAACGGCAUCGUAUUUCUGGGGGAUUAUGAAGGGUUGUCAAUGACACAUCUCACUAACAUCGGUCCGUCAUUCGCCAGGAAAACUAUCGAUACCAUUCAGAAUGCUUUUCCCAUGCGUUUUAAAGCAUCUCAUUAUGUUAAUGAACCCAAGUUGUUUGAGGCAGCAUUUGCGUUCUUUAAACCAUUCCUUAACGACAAACUAAAAAAACGGGUUAUCUUUCAUGGUGACGAUAUGGACAGUUUGCAUAGUCACGUACCUGUUGAUAUACUACCCUCUGACUAUGGUGGCAGCAAACCGACAUUUGAUAACACGCAGUGGGUACAAGAGAUGCUAGCAUCUGAGAAACUGUUUAAAGACAACAACGAAUACGGUCUUCCACCAAAACGUAGCUUGCGAACGAGGCUAAGACAACCACCAUCACAGGGACAACCACCAUCACAAGGACAACAACCAUCACAGGGACAACCACCAUCACAAGGACAACAGCCAUCACAGGAACAACCACCAUCACAAGGACAACAACCAUCACAGGGACAACCACCAUCACAAGGACAACAACCAUCACAGGGACAACCACCAUCACAAGGACAACAACCAUCACAGGGACAACCACCAUCACAGGGACAACCACCAUCACAGGGACAACCACCAUCACAAGGACAACAACCAUCACAGGGACAACCACCAUCACAGGGACAACCACCAUCACAGGGACAACCACCAUCAUUAGGACAACCACCAUCACAGUAA